GCUGGGCCUAAAUGUCCCUGUCAGCCACUGCCGCCGGACCCGUCUACCUCCGCGGGCCGCUGCCACAGGCCUACCUGCGUCUGCUUGUCUCCGCCAUCUUCGGAAAAUUUCAAUUUUAAGGUAGUACUGUAUCUAAAUAAAGGUUCUAAAGAGUCCAAAAUAAGUAGGAGGGGAAAGAAAUUUGUGACAAUAAUAAUCCUAGAUUUUGGUUUUCUUCUGUCCCAUGUUGGGUGGCUCUUCUAAUAUGAAAUAGAUAUUCUGAUUUUUUUUUAACAUAUUUGGAUUUAGAGGAGAGUGCUGUAUCCCAAUUCCAAAGCUAGCUUUAGUUUUAAUCAAGUCAGGACUAUAAAUUUUUAGAGAAGUAAAAAGAUUUUAAUAUUUAUGUAGAGAGAUUUUAUCUUGUAGAGAAUAUUGGUACCAUUUGGUCAGAUUUUUCCUUGUUUGGUAAUUUUUUCUGGAUAACAUUCCAUUCUUUUUUUAUAUCCACGUCUUUUGACUUCUUGAAGAUGAAUAUUUCUAUUUUCCUGAAAAGACAAAAACAGAAUCCUGACCUGACCCUUAUUUGCCCCUCCUUCAGAUUCUUCUGCAUUAAAGGAGUGGGUGGCAGCUGUCCACACCCUGACAUCCCAGGAGCAGCAGGACCCUGUGUGUGUGACCUGGAAAGCAUUUCUCUAGCUACCUUUGGAGGAAGAAGCCACAUUGGGAGUACUGUGAUUUCUUCCAACAGUGCCGUGCCAGGGCCUGGUGCCAAGGGUCUAUUGGCAUUCAGGGAUGUUGCUGUGGACUUCUAGGAGGAAUGGGAAUGUCUGGAAUCCUCUUGGAGGGACCUAUGUAUUGAUGUAAUGUUGGAGAACUACAGGAAUCUAGCUUUUGUCGAGUAAUAUCAUAUAUGGGAGAAAUAUAUGAACAUCUUGAAUCAAGGGUCAAAGCUCAUUAUCUCCCAUUCUGUGAAUAUUCAAGAGAAGUCUCAUGAAUUUAAUGAGAUUGGCAAAAUGGCCCACAAAUUCUCCCAAAGUACACCUUAUAACACAAGUGAUCUUACAAAGAAUUGCAACAAGUAUGGAUGUGGUAACCACAGGGAUGCCUCUACUAAAUCAACAAACCCAAAGAAUACUAAAAGUGGGAACACUGGAGAAGAAUGUUGCAAGUAUAGAGACUGUGGAAAACAGUUAAAUUUGUGUUCUAUCACUAGUGAAAGACUUCAUACUAAAAAGAAACUACACAAAACUGUGGACUGUGAUAAAUCAUCUGACUGUAAACACACACUCAUGCUGGAAGAAAACUCUAGUGUAGAGAAACUACACCAAUGCAGGAAAUGUGGCAAAUGCUUCAGGUCAUACUGGAGUUUCAGCAAACAUCGUAGAUCUCAUUCUGGAAAAAAAUUCUACAAAUGUAACAAAUGUGGAAAGUGGUUUUACUUCUUAUAUCAGGCUAAACUCCAUUAUAAAACCCAUAGUAGAAAGGCACCUUACAAAUGUAGUGAAUGUGAGAAAUGCUUUCUCCAGAAAGACCAACUUUUGACACAUCAGAAAAUUCAUACAAUACAGAAACCUUUCAAAUGUAAUCAUUGUGAGAAAUGCUUUGUACGUGCUGAUCGUCUUAAAGUACAUCAGAGAAUUCAUUCAGGAGAGAAACCUUUCAAAUGCACUGAUUGUGAGAAAUCCUAUGCAUAUGCCUCAGAUCUCAGAAUACAUCAGAGAAUUCAUAAAGGAGAAAAACCAUUCAAAUGUAGUGAUUGUGAGAAAUGCUUUACACAUGCCUCUUGCCUUAGAGUACAUCAGAGAAUUCAUACAGGGGAGAAACCUUACAAAUGUAGUGAAUGUGAGAAAUCCUUCAGACAGUUUUCAAAUCUUACACAGCAUCAGAUCCUUCAUACAGGAGAGAAACCUUACAAAUGUAGUAAAUAUGAGAAAUCUUUUGCAUAUAUGUCAAGUCUUACAUAUCAUCAGAGAAGUCAUACAGGGGAGAAACCUUACAAAUGUAGUAAAUGUGAGAAAUCAUUUUCACGUGCCUUUCAUUCUUAGAAAACAUCAGAGAAUUCAUACAGAAAAUUGACCUUUCCAAUGUAGUGAUUGCGAGAAAUCCUAUAAAUAGGAUUACAAUCUUAGAAAACAUCAGAUCACUCAUACAGGAGUGAAUGUGAAUGUAGUAAAUGUGAGAAAUUCUGUACACAAGGGUCAAGUCGUAGACAACAUGAGGUAUAGAUAACAUACAGGAGGGAACACUAUGAGUGUAAUGAAGGUACCAAAGUCUCUAUCUGCCUCUUACUUCUCAGAAUACUUGAAAAACUUCAUCCUGGAGAGAGAAGCUUCCAUAGUAAAUAAUGUGCCAUGUGAUUCAUAUAAAGAUCUGUAAUCAGAGGUUACUGCACGGCCAUACAACUGGAACAUUAUGAAAAUGAGAUAUUUUUGAAAGCCUUUAAGUAAUAUGCAAAUCUUACAAAACAUGAAGUUUAUACUGAGGAAAGUUUCUGAAAAUGUGUCAAUGUAGGGCAAUUUUCAUUAAAACAUGAUACUUCUUCAACCUCAAAUUUUGCAUAAAAAUGAAAAGUGAAGAAGGCUCGACACUGUGCUAUAUUAUAUCAAUUUUCUGGGGUCUGAAACAUUCCAUCCUUAAUAGAAAUUGAUUAACCAGGAAAUAAAGACUUCUAAUCAUUUCAGGAAGUCCAAAUAAACUGACAGAAUUCACCAUCCUAAACUCUCCUGAAGAAAUGGAGACCAGCCAUGCUGCUUAGAGAAGGCACUGAUGAACUAAGUCUCCUACAAAAGAUGCCAUGCAACCUGUAGAUAUAUCUCCAGCUGUGCAGUGAAUUCUUCUGUGUUUGGGGUUCAUAAGCCCUAUCCCACAGAGUGUUGGAUUUCAUGUUGACAACUAUUUUUUUUCAGUCCGAUUUGCUCCUGUAACCAACUUGUUUCCGUAUUCUUUAAGAUAACCCAAAGAGAGCCUGUUAAUUCAACAAACUUCAUCUCAGUGGUAUCCAUUCUUGGUUCUGUUUUCAAUGCACAUUUUGAGUGAGUAGAUGCAUAUGUGUGCUGCUUCUUCUUAGGAAAAAUAUAUCAUAAAUCAUGAACUAACCUCAUUAAUAGUUCUUCCCAAACAUGUAUACAUCAGAAAAUUGAUAUCAGAGAUUAAGCAUUGAAAUGUUCACCACUGUGUUAGAUAUGUGAUUCAUUGUACCUUAUAAAAUCCACUCUAGAAACUUCUAGAAAUGAAUUGAUGUUGUCAAAACCUACUGAUAAAAGUAAACUCCUGAAAGUUGAUCCUGAAAUAACCCAUCUCCACAAUCAUACAGUAAAAAUUUAUCUAUUAUCUACCUUCACCUUUAUUAUGGAAAGGAUACCUGCAAGUAGAAUGUGAGUAUUUUAAAGUUAUAACCUGUAAUCAUGACAACAUACAUGUGAAUGAAAUAUCCAAAUGUGGGAAGAAAAUUAGUUUAUCAGUGCUCAUCUCAGAAAACCAUAAAUCAAUUUAAAGAACAAAGUAAUCACAGAAAACUCACAUAGAAAUACGAAGACAAACAGAUUUAUACAUUAGACAACUAAGAAUCAAAUGCAAUGUAUUAAACUCUGAUAGAUUUCAGUGAGAAAUUCUUCUUUGGAGUAACUGUGAAAUGUUUUUUGGAAAUAUGUUUGUAUUACCAGUAUUGGAUUUGUUGAUUUGUCAACACAGUUGCAUAGUUAACCUACAACAGAAACUCCUUUGCCAUUUUUGAUUUCCUUGAAUGUAGCUAUUAAUUUUCAAGUUUUUUUUUUCAAUUUGUAAAUUCUCCCUUGCAGUUUCGUUUGUGGCCUUUACUAUAGAAUUUGCAUUUUUUUAGUUUAAAUUUUUUCUUAUUUCAAAAAUGUAUUAGUUGAAAUAUAAUUACAUCAUAUCUCCCCUCACCUUCUUCCACACAGCACCUCUCAGAUACGAUCCCUUAAGCCCAUUUCAUGUCCCUUCUACAUUCAAGUUUAUAGCAUUUUUUCCUGUCAUUAUUUUUAAGUAUUUUAUCUGUGAGUCUGAUUUUGUCAUUUGUGUAUAUAUGAUAUCAAAAAUACUAUUCUGUUCUAUUGGAAAACCAUGAAGGGGGCUCAUCUCUGUGAAAUGUUGGCAACAUAUGAGAGGAACAGCAAGCAACCUUGGAACUCAGACCACAAAUUUGUAGCUAGGAAAAUGAUGCCAAGUGAGGUUAGAGAAUCAGAGCCCUGAGGAUUAUAUGUCCUCUAAACCUCAUGCUGUUACAGAGCAUGGUUCUGCUUAUUGCCCUCAUUCUCGCAAUGUCCCUCAUCAUCUCUGAAGUUUAUGAAAAUUUUAAGGAGGCCUCUCACCUUUUAUUGGACAGUGUUACUGGUAUUUAAAAUAAUAGUGAAUGACUCAACCAACACUUUUAGAAAGAACUUACACAUGUAGAUUGUUAGUAAUGAUAGGUUAAGUUGUUUUUGUUAAUGGCUUUAAUAUAGAAAUCUUGGGGAACAAUUUAAGGGUUAGAAAGGCAUACUUUUAAUGAUUUGGUGAAAGAGCUGAUUAAUUACUUGUACAUAUUUUUGCCCUCUACUUCCUGAUAUGAUUUAAUAAAAAAAUUAUUGAUGAAUGUGUAUGCACUCAGAGGAUUUAAACUAGAGAUAAGUGGUUGUUUUAAAUAUAUAAAGGAUAAGGUUUCUGAUUCAGAUUUUUAUAAAAUUACCUUUUGUGUUAAUAAUAAAGUGAUUGAUCCUUUCUUUGUAACCAUGAAUUGAAGCCUGCCAGUAAAAAGAAAAGUGGCUAAGAAAAUGUCUUGCUUACACUUUGUUAAUCUAUAAUAAGUUGCAUAGACAUGAAUGUAUGUAGGUCUUUGAGAAUAAAUUGGUUUUUCACCUGUAGUAUGUAAAUGUUUAAUCAUGUCAGAGAAAUGAGAAACAUUUGUUUUUGACCUCUAUUCACUGUAAGCAUUCACUUGAAAAUAUAAUGUACCCACAUUGUGAGGGAAGGAAGACAUGAGGAAAAAAGUAAGGGAAAAUGCAAAGAAUAGAGACCCUGACUUGUUGAAGGUGUGUGUGUAUGUCUGUGUGUAUGUGUGUGUGUGCUUCCCAUUUUCAAUAGCCCCAGAGAAUUAAGUUUUACUCCCUUGGAUAAAAAUCUCAAUUGUGUGAUCAGCUACCUACUCCAUGUCUCUUCUUCAGUUCCUGAGCUGCUGAAAUUUUAUUCUGGCCAUCAGUAGUUGCCUGUACUCCUUUGGUGGUGGAGGGACCACAUGAAAUGGGAAAACAUCCUAAAUGGCUUUGAACUGAGGAAUAGAUAAUAACAAUGUGAUAAAGACCACUGUAAUGUUUAUUUUUUAUUUUUUUAGCUGUAAAUCAUUAACUGUACAGGUAAAUGGAUGGAGUUACAUCAAAUCAAAUUGGAUGUGCUUCCUCUGGUCCAAAAAGACAAAGCUCAAAAGUUCUCUUUCAUCUUACACUUCCAGCUCUAAAGCUUCAGACAUGAGCACAUGUUCUUGAGUAAUUGCAAAAACCAGAAAAGUAA